GUCCACGAAGCCAACCAUCGUCUUUGCCAGUCUCUUCGACGUCGUUGGCGAAGGCGGCGGCGACUUGAGCCAGCGGUGCAAACAGCUGUACGGCAUACCGCGAGCGUCAGCAACCCCACAAGCGUGGAUCAAAUGAACUACGCUAUCAGUACGACAAGCGAGCUAAGCAACCAAAAGGUGUGAAGACCACAGAACUUCUUUGAGUCGAUUGAGCGUUAGCUGUGGGGUGCAGCGCGAGCACGCGAGUUGCCAGUGACCCUGAUGGAGACAAGACAGGCCUUGCAAGGAGGAGGGGAAGCCAUCGGGAAUAGAAACGUGGUAAUGACGGCGGGCCUGAUCGAGUUCGCCGAGCAGAAGGCGGCAAGAAAUGGGCGUCUUGCGGCUAGUAAGCAGAUAGCAUGGGGAAUGGCCAGGGUCGCGUAGCCAGCUCAAUGAACCAGUCCAGCCCACCUCCCCUCCGUCUCCUCCCUGACUGCAGUGGUUGAGGGACGUUCUACUCUGUUGGUGGAGAAUAGGUGGAGGGAGUGUACUGUGGACAUUCUGCCCAGCUAUUACUAUCACGGACCGGUCGCAUCAUUUGCUAACUCAAUUCAGUUCGUUCUAGCCUUUCUCCGCCGAAGGAAGAUCUCUUGCGAAUUCUAGCUGGGUAAGUACAUAACAUUGUGUAACCACCACCGUUUUGUCGCCUAUGUCUGAGGCUGAACGUUGACUUGUUACCGCAAUGCUCUCCUCCCUCAGAAUGCCCGUCCCCCGUCUCUCCAACGAGGGGGACGAUCCGCUGUCCAUCUUCAUGAAGCCGCCGCCCUAUGAGACGGACGAAGAACGUACCGACCGUCUUCGGCGAGAAGCAGAGGAGAAGCGCGUCAGUGACCAGAUCGACGAGUACAUCAAGGCUGAACGGGCCGCUAUGAAGAAAAAGAGAUCGGACAUCAAGCUAUUGCUACUUGGUCAAAGUGAAAGCGGAAAAUCUACUACGCUCAAGAACUUUCAGCUUACUUUUGCUCCAAAAGCAUGGCGAGAAGAACGGACGUCGUGGCGGGCAGUCAUUCAAUUCAAUCUCGUUCGUUCUGUCAACACUAUUCUCGAUGUUCUCUCGAAGGAGAUGUUAUCGGCACUCGGCGGAGGUUCCACCGCCCACCUUAACAUUGCACAGUCAAGCUCCCGGCCACCCUCAGGAUCUUGGUCUAUGGACGCGCUGGACGCUAACCUUGAUGGUAACUUCAGCAGUGACGAUGAGCAAGAGGUCUAUCAGCCUAUCCCGGCUUCUACUUUUCCUCCUCUAAAGUUCACUAGUUCUCAUUCCCUGCUCAAGCUCAGGUUAGCACCUCUGCGUAGUGUGGAAUGUGAUCUGAAGACUUUUCUUGGCGCCGGCUCUACGGAGGUUACUGCAUCCACGAGUGAUAUUUCACAAAUGGUUGCUACACCAUUCGACAUAGAUUACAGAGGGUCAGCACCUCCUUCAGCCAGCCUGACCCGACGAAGGACAAAUGAGUUCGCUGUGCGGUCCCACGCUGCUUGGAAACGGUCCCUUGGCAUGCACACGGGCAGUUCAAAGACCCGACCUUCGUCCCCUAAGGCGGGCUUGGAUUUGGAUGGUGCUACGGAAGUCAUUGCGGGAUGCAAGGACGAUAUUAAGAUGCUAUGGCACGAUCCUCUUAUUCAAGAACUCCUGAAGAGGAGAGGAGUGAAGUUGGGUGAUUCGGCAGCGUACUACUUCCACCAUGUCGAUCGGAUCGCCAAUCGCAAGUAUGAACCUUCGGACGACGAUGUUCUUCGUGCGCGGCUCCGAACACUCGGUGUACAAGAGCACAAGUUAGUAUUUGAGCAUUCCGCUGAUGAGGGACGUUCACGACUUCCCACCACUGACCUUGACUUGCUUCCCUCAGCGGAUGCCGGCAGUACAUGGUGCAUCUACGAUGUCGGAGGGUCGCGCACUUCACGUGCGGCCUGGCUUCCGUUCUUCGACGAUGCCCAUGCAAUCCUGUUCCUUGCGCCUAUCAACUGCUUCGACGAGCAGUUGGCUGAAGAUCCUCGUGUGAAUCGGUUACAAGACUCGAUGAUACUGUGGAAGUCUAUUGUGUCGUCGAAAUUGCUCACCGGGUGUUCGAUUGUCUUGUUCUUGAACAAGUAUGACCUGCUUGUGAAGAAACUUCAGAGCGGAGUGCAAGCUAGAGAUUUCGUCACAAACUAUGGUGAUCGAGAGAACGACGCCGCAGUGUUUGCCAAGUACAUGCGUGGCAAGUUCAAGACCCUUCUAAAAGACCUCUCGCCCAAGCCGAGGCCUUUCUAUGGUUUCCUGACUAGUGUCAUCGAUCAACAGAACACCGGACUUACGCUUUCCUACUGUAAGUCAUGCAUCGGCUGGCGCUUAAGGACACCGCUGACCACGGCUAAUAGUGCGGGAUGGUAUCUUGCGCGAGCACCUCAAAAAAGCCGAGAUCGUCUAGUUGCUCUCCUUCCCCGAGGGACCACAACAAUCUCUACUAUAUAUCACCUCAUCUAUUGUAAAUAACUCACUCGUUUGUGCUUGGAUAUAUCUCACUUGGCUAGAACAACGCUUCGCUACAUUGCACUGCACCUACAGUAGUGUUCAACAUUCUUUUCUGUCGUUGUUUCAUACCACGGCUUUGCAGGUUCGAAUAUUCGUAUUCGAAUCCUCUUAUACCUAGCUAGCACUUAUAGCUGUCUAAUUCCGGUGUGAACAGCGGAGGGUUCCUGCUAGAAUACAUUGGGUUUCUUGGUUUAUGUGACUACUUGGCAUGGACGUGGAGGAGGCUCGGAUGGGAGAGGAUUAUAGACUGUAAUAUGCACAUAUAGGAAAGGGAGAAAGAAACUACCUAAUCGUCCGCCAAAGGGAGAAA